AAUAAACAGUAAGUUUGUACAAACCAGGGAGCCAAAAGUCAAAUUUCUAAUUUAAUGUAUGUUGCUCUCUCGUUAAUUCACGUAAUGCUUUGUUCAGGAACCAUUUGCAGCGCAGCAAAUAGGGGAAGGAAAACGGCGACGGAACACCACAGGACAUAUUUCCGCCAAUAACAAACCUGCUAGCUUGACACGGCUUAAAGCGUAUUGUUUGUGCUAGUCAUUCCUAGUGAGUAAAAUAGUUAAGCAAUGCUCAUUGAGGUAGACUAAAUAGUUAAUAUCCAAUUUAGUAUUACACAAAUGCCAUAAUGUGUAAAUGUGUAUCUCGUUGGUAAUAAAUGUGAAUCAGCAAACAAAUGAUUUUGGCUCGUGUUAGCUAAAGGGCUAACGCGGUGGUCAUUGACGACAUGCUCCUUUAGCAAGUAGUCAUGUUAGCUUGCUAAUGAUUUGGAGUUAUUGGUAAAUAAUAUGUCCUGUAGCUGAUUGGGUCUCUGGUGUGGUAGGCAGAUAGUAAUUUUAUUGGUCAAAAUUUGACCUUAAGAGAGUAACCACGGUUUCCAGCCGGUUCAAAUUAUUUCCCGACCGGGAAGCGUUCAACUGACAAGAUUUUCUCCAGAUCAGUACACACUGCAGAUUUGCAAAAUGAAGAUAUUCUCAGUGGCUCACAAGACUGUUUUCGUAGUGGACCACUGUCCCUACAUGGCAGAGUCAAGUCGUCAACAGGUGGAGUGUGAUGUGCUGACAAAGAGUCGAGGUCAAGGGGUUAUUCCUUUGGCCCCGGUGUCCAAGUCCCUGUGGACCUGUGCUGUGGAGUGCUCCAUGGAGUACUGCCGGAUCCUCUAUGAUGUUUAUCCACUGCACAAACUGAUUAAUUACGUUGUGAGCGAUUCAGAGUUCCACAUCUUGAAUACCUGGCGGCAGGAAGACCAGAGCACUCAUGAGCUCAUGUCGGCUCUGGCAGCCGUCGGGCCACCUAACCCACGCGAGGACCCCGAGUGUUGCAGCAUCCUGCACGGGCUGGUCGCUGCGGUGGAGUCGCUAUGCAAGAUCACGGAGUUGCAGCACGAGAGGCGCACCUCAAUGAUGGACACAGCCGAGAGAGUCGCCAACAGGGGUCGCAUCAUCUGCCUCACCAAUGCAAAAAGUGAUACUCAUGUGCGCAUGUUGGAAGACUGCAUCCAAGAAACUAUUUUAGAACAAAACAGGCUGGCAGCGGGCUCCGACAGGCUGAUGGCCAUCCAGCAGUGUGACCUGGUUCUAGUUCACAUCCACCCGCAGGGCGAGGAUCCGCUGGUGUCCGACCGGCCGAAGAAAGAGAUCUCCCCUCUGCUCACCAGCGAGGUUCACAGUGUUCGUGCGGGCCGGCACCUGGCCACCAAACUCAACAUUCUGGUCCAGCAGCACUUUGACUUGGCCUCCACCACCAUAACAAACAUCCCCAUGAAGGAAGAGCAGCACGCCAACACUUCUGCCAAUUAUGACGUUGAGCUCCUGCAUCACAGAGACGCUCACAUGGAGUUCUUUAAAAGCGGAGACUUGCAUAUGGCUGGCAGCAGCACUCGAGAGAAUGGACUCAAAGAGACGAUCACACUGAAAUGGUGCACACCACGAACCAACAGCAUAGAGCUGCAUUACUGUACAGGAGCCUAUCGCAUCUCCCCCACAGAUGUAAACAGCCGUCCCUCGUCAUGUUUGACUAACUUUCUCCUCAACGGUAAGCUGGAUAAACCCUCUUUUUUAGGUCGCUCAGUGCUGCUGGAGCAGCCGAGGAAGUCCGGGUCGAAGGUCAUCAGCCACAUGCUCAGCAGCCACGGAGGAGAGAUCUUCCUCCACGUGCUCAACAGCAACCGCUCCACCCUGGAGGACCCGCCCUCCAUCAGCGAGGGAUGCGGAGGCCGAGUGACAGACUACCGCAUCACUGAUUUUGGUGAAUUUAUGAGGGAGAAUCGGCUCACUCCUGUGUCUGAGUCUUCCCAUGAUCCCUCGGGGAAGCUACCAGCUGAGAGGGCAAAAGCUCAGCUGGAACGCCACACUCGAUACUGGCCAAUGAUAAUCUCCCAGACCACCAUCUUCAACAUGCAGGCGGUGGUUCCUUUAGCUAACCUGAUAGUGAAAGAGACUUUGACUGAGGAGGACGUACUGACCUGCCAGAAGACAGUUUACAACCUGGUAGACAUGGAGAGGAAGAACGACCCUCUCCCCAUUUCCACCGUGGGCUCCAGAGGCAAAGGCCCCAAGAGAGACGAACAGUAUCGUAUAAUGUGGAACGAGCUGGAGACAUUAGUGAAAACUCACGCCGGAGCCACUGACAGACACCAGAGGGUGCUGGACUGCAUCAUCGCCUGCCGCAGCAAACCUCCCGAGGAGGAGGAGAGGAAGAAGAGAGGGAGGAAGAGGGAGGAGAGGGAAGACAAGACGGAGAAAAAUGGCAGCAAGGACACAGACGACAAGAGCUGGCAGGAGUCGGAGAGACUAAAGGGUUUGCUGGAUAAAGAGGAGCAGGAGUCUGAGGUGAUCAAGGAUUCCCCGGACUCUCCCGAGCCGCCCAAUAAGAAGCCGCGCCUGUGCACGGAGGAGGUUCAGCCUCCAGAGAGAGCAAAAGGUCCCGUCUCGCUCCUCACCAUGUGGAGCAAUCGCAUCACUGUGGCCAACUCCAGGAAGCACCAAGAGUUUGUUGGGAGAGUAAGCUCCGUCAACAACAAGUUUGAGUUGUACCAGCAGCUCAAAGACGAAAAUGGGAUGGAUGUUCACGAAAACGGCAAGGCCUCCAGAUGAUGUUUCCACGGAUUCAUCGCUUCACCUCUGCCAAGGUUGAGAUUUUGGACCCGCAGUGUUUUUCUUCAGAGUUGGGUCUCACCCGUAGACUCCCAAAACAAGGACAUCAAAUACAAAUAGACAGUUAACUCCUAACGAGGAAUUUAUAAAUUUUUUACUCAUGAUUUUGUAGAUAUGCUGUUCACAUAUUGUGUAACACAAUAAAAGCUGUCAAUAGAGAAUUGUGCCGUCGGAA